AUGCGCCUCCGCGCUCAUGUGGUGCUGCAGCUCGGCUGGGAGCUCAUCGACCGCGGCCACCCCGCUUUUUGUAGAGAUGCUGCUGGCGAUCCCAUCGCAAUCGCCGCCGCCAAGGAGGCGUUUGAAAGGCGCGUGAAGCAGUGCUGCCCGUGGCUCGGCACCCCCGAGGACGCCGACGGGAAGGUCCCGCCAGCCGUGGACCGGGCGACGGUGGUGGCGGAUCCGUCCAGGAGCAGUGUGCAGGAUAACAAGCACGCGACUCUGGCGCUGGCCAGCACUGACGUCGCCUCUGUUUUCGACGAUGCCAGACCGACCGCCUGCGCGCCCACAGAUGCGACGUCCCGGCAAGGGACCGCGGGUCCGCGCCAACAGCGAGCCAUGGACGGCGGGCCGGUCGUCCCGUACGUCGCCGACGCGGCCAUGUUGGAGCAGUGGAACGGGAAGUGCCCCGCGAUCGCUUUCCCGCACACGCUGCCGUGGCAGAGCGGGGGGCCAGACUUCACGAGGUCUUGGCGCAACGGUGCCGAUGCCGCACAUCGACGCCGCGCGGUGGGGCGGCCCGAGGAAGUGCAAAACCGGCCGUCCGUCAGCAUGGGGAUGUGGCUUGCAGGCAUGAGUCGCCGAGUCGAGCACCAGAUCCGUUCGGAUUGGCUUUUCAUCCCGGGCAUGCGCAACGUCCACUUCCGCUUCUUGGGCAUCACCGCGAGGUUGGGGAGCAAAGUGCGGAAAUACAAGGACGAAGACGGAUCGGCCUUCACUGAGCGCCUGACCACAGCUGUCCGCGGGUUGCACAACCUGCGCCCAAUUGCUGGGAACUUGACGGUGCUGCACAUGGCGCACGGCCUGGACACGACCCAGAAACAGAUCGUUCACAACAUGCGUUCGGUCACGAGCACCCUUGCAGGCACCCAGGAACUGCGCCGCAGGAUGGGCCACGUCUUCCAGUCCGGCGCGAUUGGUUACGGGCACGGGCUCUUCAUCACCAUCUCGCCCAAUGAGAAGCAGUCCUGCUUGGUCAUGCGUCUGCACAGAGUACGCCAGGACGACCCGCUGCUGCGCGCGGGGAGCACAGACGACGAACGGAAUGCCAUGAGAAGGAAGUUGGCGUCACGAGAGUGGCCCUCAUUGUCGGAGUGCGCCGACGCGGAGCUCCCCGAUUUCGACUUGCGUCUGUGCGAGGUGGCCAAUGAUCCUCUCUCGGUCGUUCAGGGCUUCCGCGUCGCCGUGAACGUGAUUUUGGGCCGCCUCCUGGGCCUCCGGCUGUGUGCGAAUGCGGCGUCGCCAGCCGAUGGCACCACCGGCCCAGCCCUGCUUGGCGCCGUCGAGAACCAGCACCUGGGCACGCUCCACUUCCACGGGUUCGUGUACCUGGCAAACCUAUACCAGCACGCAUCCAUGGCCGAGAUCGCCAGGAUGAUCAGGGAAUCCCCCCAUUUGGCAGAGGCGGUGAAGGAAUGGCAUGCGUGGGUCCACCGAGAAGAGCACUGGGACCCCGAGGGGCAUUCUGCGGGGCUCGCCGCGUUGGAGAAGCAGUGGCGGCAAAAUUUCCGGUCGUCCGAACACGUGGGGCUGUGCCGGUGGCCUGUGUAUCUGAAUCAAGCGUCGCGGAAGACCAAGUGGGAAGAAGGUUGCGACCUUGCUGAGUGCGACGCCGACGCGUCCAGCUUCAAGAUAGCCUACGAAGCAGACGCGCAGAUGAUCUUUUCGAAAGUGCAGCACCACCAUCAUCCAGACGGAAAGCCGUUGACACACUUCAUUAAGAAGGGGUGCAAACACGGGGAUAAGUGCAAGCACGGCUUCCCGAAGACAUCGUUCCUGACGCCCGUGGACGGACCCAGAUCGCGCGUCGUCUGCCCUCGGGUGGCAAAGGAGUUCGGGCUGAAAGUAAACGGCGCUCGGAACGCCCUGGGGGAGAUUGUAGGCCCUCGAAAUGACGAGUCCCUCAGCGGGACAUGCCCGGCACUUGCUGUUGCGUUCAGGGACAACUCGCACACCGCGCCCAACAACCGGCUGCCGCUGAUCGACGACGUCACGCACGACCCAGAGUGUUCAUGUCGCAGAUACGCCAGUGCAGAGACUGGAGACGCAUAUCUGCGACGCAUCGCCUUCGCUGCGCAGCGAUCGAUGUCGAACUCCACGCGCUACAUCGGCGGGUACAUCUCGAAGGUGCAGCGCGUCGGGAAGAAGGCCCGAGAGCUUGCGAAGACUUGCCUGUCGACGUUGGCUGAGCGACUCAAGGCGAAGUCCGAGAUGCAGCAGACGCUGAACGCCGUGCACCGCUGCAUCGGAGACUGGGAAGCCAAAGGUGUGGCGCGGACGAUCUUCGAGGAAAUGAACUUAGCUCACUUCGCAGACAGACCGAACCCGCUUGCAGCAGAAUGCAUUACGUCGUGCCCAGCUGCCGACUUCUACGCGGACUGCUUUCUGAAGAUUGUGACCGACGAGACUGGGGCUGGUCGCGCUUCUGCGCGGCGCCAGCAAAAGUCGGUGCUCUUCACGGAGACGGGCGACGUCGCCACGCCGCCAGACGCGACCGCAUGGGCGCACGCGCGGCGGCCCGGCGCGGCCGACAUGAAGACCCUCAGCCCGUGCGAAUUCGUCCGCUUCUACGAGGUGGCCCCGACGCGCCCGCCUCCCAGAGACACGUCGAAGCCGUCCCCGAGCUUGACUUACUGGGUCGGGAGUCCACCAGCCGCUGCGGACGGGCCUCCGCGGCCGUUUGUGCACUACAAGGUGAAGCCGCCGACGGGCGACUCGGGGCAUUUUGCGUUGGAGGAAGACCCGUGCGACGAGGAGUUCGCGCACAUGUACGUGAUCGUGCCCCGGAGUGUUCCUGCGCUGCCGGUCUUCAUCCGGUCAGUAAUGCCGCAGCCCGACAUGACGUCGGAGCGCCGCAGCGCCAUUCUGUCGGCGUACUUCCGACCGUGGACUCUGGUGUGCAAGUACGGGUCUUCUCGGGGGCAUGCCCCGCUGGCGAAUAAUCUGAACUUGCCGCCAAAGCGCCAGCGGUCUGGGAGGAGCGCGCCGAGCUUCCGAAAAGCCUUGAAGAACUACCUGCGCGGCCACAUCGUCUCGAAUUCGAACCGCAUCCCGUGGGCCAACGUGCUUCGCACCAUGACGACGAUGCCGGAGAACGCCGACGAGGGCGAGGACGACCAGGACUCGAAGCCAGUGGAGGCGCUACCCGAGAACGCGUUUCCGGUCCUCAGCCCCAGCAGCAUCAUGGCAGAGUUACGGCGAGUGGACCGAGACGCCGGGGCAGAUGCCGCUGGCGAGGACAUUGGGAACCUCUCCCAUUCGGCCCAGGAGCCACCGCGGAAGACUGCGCGCUCGAAGAUGCGGGAGAAGCUGUACCCUGGCGACGCUGACCUGACAAGCAACAUCCAGAGAUGGCGGAGAGGGCUGCAGACGCACCAGAUCACCCCCGACCCGCAGCAGAUGAGCAUCCUGGACGCCGUCGCCGACAGGUGCGUCCAGGAGGCCCGCGAGCAGGACCAGCUGCGCGGAUCGCCGUGCUCCCGGCUGUUCGUUUUCGGCCUGCCGGGUUCAGGGAAAUCGGAGGUCAUCCGGUGGCUGUGCGACGAGGGCGUGGGGCUGUUCCCCACGUGCAUGGGAUGGGAACACGAGAAGGACCCGGAGUUGUCGGAGAACACGCUGCACACGAAAAUCCAGCACAUGCGCUGGCUCAUCAUCGACGAGGUGGAGAACGUGUCGGUGGAGUUGCUGGACGCCGUGCACAGGCAGGUGAAGGACUCGACGAGGGACAAGGGAAACCCCUGGGCCGUGGACGCGCGCGUCCCAAAACAGUUCGCCAUGUUCGGAGGGCUCAACCUUGUGCUGCUCGGGGACUUAUGGCAGAUCCCGCCCGUCAGGAGCCUCAGUAUAGCCGCCAAUCCAUUUGUCAAGAGACCCGCCAACGUCGGCCGCAUAUUGGAGAUGUUCUGGACACAGGGCUUGCCGCACUCGGUGACUAACCGCUACGCCCUGACCCAGUCGCACCGCUGCUCAGACUUGUGGUGGAGAAGCUUUCUCGCGGAAGCGCGCGCUGGGGAUCUGUCGGACAGGAUGUGCGAUUUCGUCCACGGCUUCUCGACUGAUGUGCCCGGCUCCUGGAUGCCCGCAAGCCCCGGCAGCGCCGAGGCCUCGACGGGGCACCUCGGCUGCGGGAAGGCGAAGUGCCGCGCGCUCUGGUCAGUUGAGUGGCCACGGAUGUUCGGAGAAGGUCGGGCCUGGGAGGACAUGAAAUCCCUGGAGUGCGCUGAUUGCAGCGCGGAACGCCGUCGGCGCUGCCGCGUCGCCUCUCAGAGCGGUGCCAGACAGCGGGAGGUGAGCACGGCGUUCGCGGACGCGCUGUUCGUGCACCCGUACAACGCCCCGAAGAGCAGGAUUCUGACGCUGCGAGCGGCGAAUGCGGCAGCCAAUGCUGGGAAGCAGCUCCUCUGGGUGGUGGCGCGCGAUGUCCCCCUCACUCGGGACGACGCAUGCAGGUCGACGGAGUCGCUCGCCCACGCCAGGCAGAAUUGGCUCAUGUACCCCGAGAACAAGACUGGCGGAGUUCCGGGUGUGCUGCCGAUCUUCGAGGGGAUGCGGGCGCGGUUCACCGCCACGGAGAAUGCAGAGGCGGGAGCCUGCAAGCACUCCUGGGGUACCGUGACGGGCUGGGUCCUCCACCCCGACGACUCGAAGUUGGUGAAAGACCACAGGUCCGAGCCGGAGCUGGUCCUGCAGCACGUGCCCGAGGCGAUCAUGGUGCAAAUUCCCGGGAAUACGGCGCCCCGCUUUGGGAAUCAGCCCGCGGGUGUCUUCCCCGUGAAGCAGAAGGAGGUGUCCUGGGAUCGUAGUCCUGGCUUCAAGGCCAUGGUGAAGCGCGCGGGGUUCCCGCUGGUCCCGCACUUCGCCGCCGCGGCCCACUGCGUCACCGGCGCCACGCUGCCGCAGGCCAUCAUCGACCUCCUGGACGCGCGCACGACGCCCCGUUCGUCCAUGGUCCCCACGGGCUACGUGGCCAUCAGCCGCACCAGGAGGGCUGACGACCUGAUUAUCACGCAGCCCUUUUCGCCGAUGCUUUUCCGGCAGGGGCACCAGACUGGCCCGUGGCUCCUGCACUCCAUGACAGCCGGGGAGUUGACGACGGAGCAGGCGAAAGCCGGCUGGGCCAAGGCAGAGAAGGAAGCGGCUUCCAAGUCGUCCAAGAAGGUGGUGGACGCCACGUUCCAGCGCGGCGACUGCCACCAGCGGAAGAGAGCGGGGAAUUUCCCAGGCAGUGGCAUGAGAACGAGCGACCCCGUGGACCACGCCGUGGCGGUGCUGAGCCAGGGCGCCUGGAGGAGGUGCGCCCUCUGCGUGCAGAAGCAGGCCGGAAAGGCUGGAAUCGGCGUGCAACCCGCCCGUUCCGCCCCCUUCUCCUCAAGAGGGGCGGACGUCCUCGAGUGCUGCAAGUGCGGGAAGCAAAAGGCAUUGGUCCACUUCAGACUCGGAGAGGUGAACGACCUGAAGGCGCGUGGGGACCUCGACCGCGCCGUCUGCAUCGGCUGCGCUCCAAAUCGGCUGCACUUCAACGUGCAGUCGGAAGUCCGCCUGUUCAAGUGCGCGCAGUGCGCGGUCCAGAAGCCGACGGAGGAGUUCGACGAGACAUUCUUCAAGCAGCACCGCGGGGCGAAGGACCUGAUCUGCACUGACUGCAUGGACAGGAAGAUGAGACCCCUGUGCCGGGGAAAAGAAGGGCUUUGCGGGGCCAGGCCGCCACAGCGGUUGAAAAAUGUGCACGACUAUUAUUGUGAGAGCUGUAAAUACCCGCCGUGCUCGGCGCGCGGGGUGACGCCGCGGCCGAAGAUGGAGAAGUACACUGCGAAGAGGCUGCCGCAGUGGACAUGCGCGGCGUGCCGCAAGAAGAGCGACGCUGCUCAGUGCGGGGCGUGUUCUGCCGCCAUUCCCUGGAGAAUCAUUUGGAGCUCCAAUCGAGACAGCGGGGAAAUCCUGUGCCGGAAGUGCCAGGGGAAGGCAUGA